AUGGGUCUCGGCACAGCCAUCCUCGCCAUUCUAGCAGUGUUCCUCCCACCCCUCGCCGUCUUCCUGAAAACCGCCUCUUGCGGCCAACUCUUCAUCAACCUCAUCCUGACUUGCUUGGGUUUCAUCCCUGGAAUCAUUCGUAUGUCCCUGCUCUUUUCCGUCGAAGAACUCAAGAUGACUGAAGGUGGUGUAGAUGCAAUGCAUGUCGUCACUCGAGACAAGUACGCAGGCGGAGGCGGCGUGUACUACUAUGAGAAGCCGAAGAAGAGGAGACGGUGGUAUGCCGCGCCGAUGGCUGCUGGCGGCUCUGUGGGCGCUGGCGGUUGUUGA